ACUACAACAGCUGCACCUACCACCACGACAGCUGACCCAACGACUACAACAGCUGCACCUACAACCACUACAGCUGCUCCAACAACAGCUGCACCUACAACUAUGACAGCUGCACCUACAGCCACUACAGCUGCUCCAACAACCACUACAGCUGCUCUAACAACAACAGCUACACCUACAACUACAACAGCUGCACCUACAACCACGACAGCUUCCCCAACGACUACAACAGCUGCACCUACAACCACUACAGCUGCUCCAACGACUACAACAGCUGCACCUACAACCACUGCAGCUGCUCCAACAACAACAGCUGCACCAACAACUACAACAGCUGCACCUACAACCACUACUGCUGCUCGAACGACAACAACAGCUGCACCUACAACUACGACAGCUGCACCUACAACCACAACAGCUGCUCCGACGACUACGACAGCCGCUCCAACAACCACUAUUGCUGCUCCAACGACAACAACAGCUGCACCUACAACUACGACAGCUGCACCUACAACCACUACAGCUUCUCCAACAACAACAGUUGCACUUACAACUACGACAGCUGCACCUACAACUACGACAGCUGCACCUACAACCACGACAGCUGCUUCAACGACUACAACAGCUGCACCAACAACCACUACAGCUGCCCCAACAACCACAAUAGCUACUCCAACGACUACAACAGCUGCACCUACAACCAUUACAGCUGCUCCAACAACAACAGCUGCACCUACAACUACAACAGCUGCACCUACAACUACAACAGCUGCACCUACAACCACUACAGCUGCUCCAACAACAACAGCUGCACCUACAACUACGACAGCUGCACCUACAACCACGACAGCUGCUCCAACGACUACAACAGCUGCACCUACCACCACGACAGCUGACCCAACGACUACAACAGCUACAACAGCUGCACCAACAACCACUACAGCUGCCCCAACAACCACAACAGCUACUCCAACAACUACAACAGCUGCACCUACAACUACGACAGCUGCACCUACAACCACAUCAGCUACUCCAACGACUACGACAGCGGCUCCAACAACCACUACAGCUGCUCCAACGACUACAACAGCUGUACCUACAACUAUGACAGCUGCACCUACAACCACAACAGCUACUCCAACGACUACGACAGCAGCUCCAACAACCACUACUGCUACUCCAACGACAACAACAGCUGCACCUACAACUACGACAGCUGCACCUACAACCACUACAGCUGCUCCAACAACAGCUGCACCUACAACUACGACAGUUGCACCUACAACUACAACAGCUGCACCUACAACCACGACAGCUGAUCCAGCGACUACAACAGCUGCACCAACAACCACUACAGCUGCCCCAACAACCACAACAGCUACUCCAACGACUACAACAGCUGAACCCACAACCACUACAGCUGCUCCAACAACAACAGCUGCACCUACAACUACAACAGCUGCACCUACAACCACGACAGCUGCUCCAACGACUACAACAGCUGAACCUACAACCACUACAGCUGCUCCAACGACUACAACAGCUGCACCUACAACCACGACAGCUGACCAAACGACUACAACAGUUGCACCUACAACCACUACAUUUGCUCCAACAACAACAGCUGCAUCUACAACUACGACAGCUGCACCUACAACCACUACAGCUUCUCCAACAACAACAGCUGCAUCUACAACUAUGACAGCUGCACCUACAACUACGACAGCUGCACCUACAACUACGACAUCUGCACCUACAACCACUACAGCUGCUCCAACAACAACAGCUGCACCUACAACUACGACACCUGCACCUACAACUAUGACAGCUGCACCUACAACUACGACAGCUGCACCUACAACCACGACAGCUUCCCCAGCGACUACAACAGCUGCACCUACAACCACAACAGCUUCCCCAACGACUACAACAGGUGCACCUACAACCACUACAGCUGCUCCAACGACUACAACAGCUACACCUACAACCACUACAGCUGCUCCAACAACAACAGCUGCACCUACAACUACGACAGCUGCACCUACAACUACGACAGCUGCACUUACAACCACGACAGCUGCUCCAACGACUACAACAGCUGCACCUACAACCACUACAGCUGCUCCAACGACUACAACAGCUGCACCUACAACCACUACGACAGCUUCACCUACAACCACUACUGCUGCUCCAACAACAACAACAGCUGCACCUACAACUACGACAGCUGCACCUACAACCACAUCAGCUACUCCAACGACUACGACAGUGGCUCCAACAACCACUACAGCUGCUCCAACGACUACAACAGCUGUACCUACAACUACGACAGCUGCACCUACAACCACAACAGCUACUCCAACGACUACGACAGCAGCUCCAACAACCACUACUGCUACUCCAACGACAACAACAGCUGCACCUACAACUACGAAAGCUAUACCUACAACCACUACAGCUGCUCCAACAACAACAGCUGCACCUACAACUACGACAGCUGCACCUACAACUACAACAGCUGCACCUACAACCACGACAGCUGCUCCAACGACUACAACAGCUGCACCAACAACCACUACAGCUGCCCCAACAACCACAACAGCUACUCCAACGACUACAACAGCUGCACCCACAACC